AUGCAUCCUAAAAGUCUCCUCAUAUUCUUCUUCUUGGCCGUUUGCCACUCGGCCGUAUCGAAAUUUCAGGGAGGAAAUUUUGACACCAAGAAUAAUGAUGCCGCUCAGUAUCAGUCUUGACUGCUGCUGAGAGCCAACCAUCGCGGAUCACCAAUGGCUAAUCGACUAAGCCAAGUGCGAUAGUAGCGACAUUUAAAACGAUUCUUACUACCAGAAACACAAAAACUGCUGACCACGGUCUCGAAAUGACACUCAGUUUGGAGGAGGCAGCUGCCACAACCACAACCACAAACUUCAGAACCAGCUCCAAUUUGGUUCAGUCAAAGAAGCGUCGUAACACCUUAUACUCAGGACCACUAGUAGGAAUCACAUCUUCAGCUGUUUCGACAGAAUUUGCUAAUCUGGUGAUCCCCAAUUUCACUACUUUCUCAUUGCCUGUAUCCACGAUUAGUGCAAAUUUAUACGGAUGCUACGGAAGAUACGCUUCGAUCCACAGAUGUUUCUUUUGGGAUAUGUCAGCCACUGCAUCCAUAUCGACACCCACGCUCAUUCCCUAUGAACAAUUGUUGAUUUGGUUCCUGGUUCGAGGAUGUAUAGCAGAGUGUGGAUUGAGUGUCUAA